AUGGAUGCUGAGCGUGAGCAGAAGCUGCAGAUUCUUCAUAUUUACUCGAAAAGAAACUUACUGUACCCUGAUCAGUUUGAUCUGAGCCUUUCAGCAGAAGAGAAACAAAUAUACGACAAGUGCAAGGUCUUUGCGCUGUUCCACUCCAAAGAAAAGCACAAGGAACUGAUUCCAAAGGCCAUUGAGGAGCACCGGAUUCUCGAAAGAAUCCAGGAUCUUCAGGAAGCCAGAGCUGCUGGUUGUACGACAACUACAAAAUUUAAUAGAUUUAUAGAAGAGAAGAGAAAGAAGAAAGCUGAAUUUUUUUUGCUGCAACUAAACCAUGGUGGACAAGGCAAUGUAGCUGGUAAAGCACUAAAGAGUCCAAGAGGGUUACAAAGAAAUUUACAGUCCUUUGGUUCUGACUCGCUGUCAAAGGCCACGUUUCCAAUAAUAUGUAGCUCCUUGGACAAUUGGGGCGUCAGUGGUCUCCUUGGAGCAGACUUACUCUCUGAAACCGAAAAGAAGAUGUGCAACGAGAUGAGAAUACUGCCUGCACACUAUUUCAAAAUACUGGAGACCUUAAAGAGUGAGAUAAAGAAAAAAUCUGAUGCUUAUAGCUUCUUCAGAGUAGAACCGAGUCAAGUAGACAAAGUAUAUGAUCUGCUGAAACAGAAAAUAUUCCAGAGCUCAAUCUCCAUUAUCGACCAAUUACCUAUCAUGAUGAACUGA